CAACGUCCAACUUCCCAUCUCGCUAGGAUCAAUGGAGGGAUGACGAUGCUGGUGCCGGGUUUAUGGGUUUAUGAGCUGCAUGCCAUUCCCCGCAUCCAUAUGCAAAUAAUUUAUUGAAUACUACGGUAGAGAAUCGGUAUUAUCCAUUCGAUCUGAACUGGGGCCGUCGUCUUAAACCUCUCCACCAACCAUCUUUCUAAUCUGUUGGACCCUGAAAAACCACCACACUUCGCAGUAGUUAGUUAGCUCAGGUAUACUACCUCGCACGUAUACCGCCUCGUACGCGUAGCAUACAUAAUGGACAAGCUGAGACCGCUCGGGCGCGGAAUCAAUGAUCUACUGCUACCUACUUUUGCAGCUUACGCGCCACUCGUCCUCGCGAAGGAGACCGAGAUCAAGUCUACGCGACGCGAGACGCAUAAGUAUGGGAGCACUCCACGACAGCAGCUCGACGUCUACUACCCGGAACAAGGUAGAGCGGCCCCACAGUUCCGCGCGAAGCCCGUGUUCAUCUUCCUAUACGGAGGCGGGUUCAUAGGCGGCAGUAAGAUAAACGAAGAGUAUGCCCAUGGACUGGUGUUCAAGAAUGUGGGCCACUUCUUCGCUUCCCGCUAUGGCUUUACUGUUAUCGUCCCGGACUACCGUCUCAUUUCUCACGGCGCCAAGUAUCCCUCCGGCGGCGAGGAUAUUAAGCUUGUCAUCGACUGGGUCGCGAAGGAGUUGACGAAGCAGGAGGGGUAUGAAUCCAUUGACUUGUUUCUACUGGGUAAUUCUGCCGGAGGCAUCCACGUUACGACAUACCUCCUAGACCCUGAGUUCAAAGAGUCCAGGGAGGCAGUUGUAUCCGAGGAGCGGGAGGGCCCGGGCGUGCUACUCAGGGGCGUGAUAUUGCUCGGCGUACCGUUCCAUUGGGGCGGUGACGACAACGCAAUCCUGCAGGCAUACUUAGGGAAGGGCAAGAUCUGGGAGAACUCGUCCCUUGGUAUUCUGGAGAAGGAGAAAAAAAGGGACACCGAGCCGGUCCUACCCGGUGUCAAGAUCAGCGUCCUCGUCAGCGAACUGGACCCCGAGCUUAUGUAUGAGUCGGCGCAGCAAUUCAAAAAGGAGUGGACGAAAGCUGAUAUCACUUACGAUGUCCUCGGCGGGCACAAUCAUAUUAGCCCUCAGUUAGGCCUGAGUACGGGUAUUGAGAAGGAGGAGGCUUGGGGCGUACAGGUCGCCGAGUUCUGUCAAUCACGCGCUACUAAAUAAGAUAUUUGAUAGUGUGGCAUCGAGGGUCUAACGAAAUAGAAUAUAUAAUACCAUAUGCGUUACGGUUCGUA